AUGUGGCUGGUGACGGCGUGGCUGGGCGAGUCGCCCCUUCUGGCUUUUGUUCUAUGCAGCGCCGUGGGAGCCAUUUCAUACCUCGUCUACAUCUUGCACUUGGAGCCACGACGUCGGUAUGGCGGAGCGAUGGCACAGUUCCCUGGCCCGAAACCGCACCCGGUGCUCGGCCACAACCUCCUGGAGAUGCAGGGAGCCGGUGAAGAGGGCAGGAUUCUGGAGAAGAUUCAGGAAUGGCGAGACAAGUAUGGCCCGGUCUUCCGCGUGUGGUACGAAAGCACCACCCCGACCCUGUUCCUCACGGACCCUGAACUGGUGAAGAAUCUGCUCAAUGGCCAGACUGACGGCUACGACAAGGAAUUCAAGCCGUUCCUCGGGAACAGCAUUCUGCUCAGCUAUGGCGAUGUGUGGCGGCGAAAGAGACGCUUGAUGUCGCCGGCAUUCUAUUCGAAGAACCUGCAUGCGCUCUACCCAAUCUUCGCCUCCGCAGCGGAGCGAUUGACAUCGCUCGACGUGAUCGGACUGUCCGCGUUCGGCUUCGGCUUCAACCCGGAAGGCGACUCGGAGAGCGACGACGUCGUGGAAGCGUUCGAGUACGUUCUGUCAGCCAUCGAGCAGAGAUCGUACGACUUCGUUUCGCUGCCCAAUUGGGUCUACUGUCACUGCACCGCCGCAGGGCGCAAGUUCACGGCCAACAUCCAGAAGCUGCGGACACUGGUAUACGGCAUUAUCGACAAGCGGCGCAAACAGAUGGCGCAGAGGGGUGCCGGCAUGCGACGUCAGCCCAGCGGUCUGCGCGUCGACGGUCUGCCGACCGACGUCGGGGCCGACCAGCCCGAGGAGCCUCGCGAGAAGGACCUGCUGGACCUUCUGCUCGAGGCCAAGGACGACGAGGGCGACGGCGAGGGCUUCAGCAACCAGCAGAUCAUGGAGGAGGUCAUGACCAUCAUGGUACACACCGUGGCCACGCUCGUCUCGGUCGAUGCUGGAUUGGCGCUGACUGUGUUUGCCGGUCACGAGACCACGAGCAUCGCGUUGUCGUGGACGCUUUACCUGCUGGCGCAGCACGCGCAGGUGGAGGACAAGCUGGUGCAAGAGCUGGUUCAGGUGAUGAGCGAGCGCACUGUCCCUGCAGCCGAUGAGCUCCCCAAGCUGCAGUACCUGGACAUGGUCCUCUCGGAGGUAGACCUCGCCUCCGGCCCUCAGUGCGCUGCCAUGCGACUCUACCCGCCGCAGCCAGGGUUCGUGCGUCGCGCCCUGCAGGACAAUCACAUCGGCCAGUACUUCAUUCCUCAGGGCACCGAGGUCACUGUGGUGCCAUACCUGAUCCACAGGGAUCCGUCCCUGUGGCCCGAGCCGCAGCGAUUUGACCCGGAGAGGUUCACCAAGGAGAACUCCAAGGCCAGGCACGCCUUUGCCUACCUUCCCUUCAGCGGCGGACUCAGAAGCUGCGUUGGUCGUAACUUUGCGAUGAUGGAAGCUCGCGUCCUGCUCGCUGCCAUCGUGCGCCACUUUGAAGUGCGCCUUGUCGAGGGAGCGCGCGUGGUGGCUGUUCCCGCCGUGACGCUGCGCCCGCACGGCAUGCAAGUCGCCAUCACCAACCGCGCUUGA